AUGCUCGACAUCUCCAUAACCGCCCUCGAGGACCCCGUCGCCAUCGUCCACAUCCCUAUCGCACUUACCCUCGCCGACGCAUACACCAGCAAGAUAUACUGGACCCUCGAUGCCGCCGAGCGCCUGUCUCCCGAGUUCUUCAACAUCACCUCCAACCGCAUCGAGGCAAGUGGCAGCCUCCUCAUGGCGCAGGAAUGGGCUGCCACCGCCGAUUCAGAAGUGCUCAUCAGCCCGGACUGGCGGGUGUUUGAGAUCUCCUCGGGGGAUGAAGACGAUGUUGGCAACUAUGACUCACCACAUCUCCGGCACGUCUCGGCGCCUCUGGCUCGUGCUGGUAUCUCUAUCCUGUACCAGUCGAGCUAUUUUACAGACUUUUUGCUGGUCAAAGAGUCGGACUUUGAGAAAGCUGCAGGCAUAUUUUCUCAAGAGGGUUGGCACGUAUCACCCACUGCUCCUUCCCCACGUCGACCACUCCCUCUCCCCACACCCGCCUCCUCCUCAUUCUCUUCCUUUUCCACUUCGUCAUCCCCGUCUCCAACCCCCUCCCCACAGCCAGAGAUAACCGUCCUUCCCCACCCUCUUGCCUGCGUUGGUCUUUCAAAAACCGCCGAAGUCCGUUUCGCCGAGCGACUACGCAAGUUUCUGGUAUGGCCAGAGAGGGCUGUCGCUGUGCAUUCGCCCGUGAGGGAUGUUUCUGACGACGAGGACGAGAGUGAGGGAGAAGCGGAUGAGCUCGAGGACGAGCGUCGACGCCUAGCGCCCUCCCGCUCAGCACGCGAUCUAUCCCCUAGUCAGACCCACAAACGCCCCUUCAUCUCAUACACCCGGAACGAAGACGGUGCCUCCCUCCUCACCGAGAUCCGUAUCCUUCGAGCCAUGUUUCCAGCGGGGGAAGCAGGGGAAGAGGAUCAUGUGCAAUCUGGAGGAGAGCUUGCUUGGAUUGACCGUGAUCUUGGGCUAGAUGAAGCGGCGGCAGAUUCGGGGGAGGAGGAUGACGACUGGGUGGAGUGGGAGAUCCAGACCCCGGUUGACAUGCAGGGUGCAGAAGUCAAAGAGUUGGAUGGAGGCGUAGUGGAGGCAUUCGAGAAGGGGCAUAGGAAAGUGUUGUCGUUGCCCUGUACACCCUAUGAGCCUCUACACGUAUUCCACACUCACACCCAUACGCAAAUCGACCACAAAACGCAAUUCAUCCAAACCACCCAGUCCAUCCACUCGAUCGACCUCGCUUCAUACUCCCCAGGGUCAAUCUCCUCCAACAUCACUGCUACCGCCAUCGAACCGGAGGUCAGAGUGAGCUUCCCUACGCCCUCGCUGCUACAUGCUGUGGAGCUUCCCAUCAGGUGGUCGGGCAGAAAAGUGAAGAAUGAAGGGAAGGGCAAGAAGAGGUGUCUACAGAUGGAUCUGCGAAGUCUUAGCGAUGCUGGCCACGGUGAUGGUGAAGGGAUUUACCAUCUCGACAAAUCCGGCCUCGUCACACGCUUCUCUUCCCUGCUGGCUGGAUCGUCCGUCAAAAGACCCAUCAGGAUGCUCUAUUCGUCCACGUUCCAUACGGCAAAUAUACUGGUCGAGAGUCGGGAUGUGAAGCGGGCAAAAGGUCUGUUGGAGAGGACGCGGGGGAGCGCAGAGUGGGCUUGA